AUGGGGAAAACUAAAGACUCUGGUGUGGAGGAGAGACCCAAAUGGGACAACAAGGUUCAGUACCUUCUGACAUGCAUUGGCUUUGCAGUGGGACUUGGAAACGUGUGGCGGUUUCCCUACCUUUGUCAAAUCUACGGAGGAGGUGCUUUCCUCAUCCCUUACCUGACUGCAUUGGUUUUUGAGGGCCUCCCGCUGCUCUACCUGGAGCUGGCAAUAGGACAGAGGCUCCGAAUGGGCAGCAUCGGAGUCUGGAACUCCAUCUCUCCACUGCUGGGCGGACUUGGCAUUGCCUCCAUGUUUGUUUCGUUCCUGGUGUCUGUGUUCUACAACACCAUCCUGGCCUGGGUGCUCUGGUACUUCUUUCACUCUUUUCAAAAUCCACUGCCCUGGAGUGAGUGUCCUCUCAAUGAAAAUCAGACUGGUUAUAAUGUGGAGUGUGAGAAGAGCACGCCGGUGAAUUAUUUCUGGUAUCGGGAAACUCUGAAUGUUAUUUCAGACAUUGAGACCAAUGGUUCAUUGCAGUGGUGGAUGGUGGUCUGUCUGGCCACUGCCUGGUGCAUAGUUUACAUCUGCUUCAUCAAAGGCAUUGAGUCCAUUGGACAGGCUGUUUAUGUCACAGCCACAUUUCCUUACUUAGUGCUGACCAUCUUCCUGAUCCGUGCUCUCACCCUGCCUGGAGCCACUGAUGGUUUGAUUUACCUUUUUACUCCGGAUUGGAAUAUCCUAAAAAAUCCCCAGGUAUGGCUGGAUGCUGCCACCCAGAUCUUCUUUUCCCUUUCUAUGGCAGGUGGAGGUCUUAUAGCAUUCUCAAGCUAUAAUGAAGAGAGAAAUGACUGUGAGAGGGACACCAUUCUAAUAGGAAUAAUUAACAGUGCCACGUCUCUCUAUGCAUCCAUUCCCAUUUUUUCCAUACUGGGAUUCAAAGCCACUAACGGCUUUAACUCUUGUCGAAAAGAGAACAUCCUUUCCCUGACCAACCACUUUGAGUUUUCAGACCAAAACAUCACAUUAGAGAACUACAACUACUAGUUUGAUCGUUUAAAUAAGAGCUAUCCAGACGUUGUGUCCAAUUUGUCACUGAAGGAAUGUGAUCUACAAGCAUUCUUGGACCAGAGUGCUUCAGGGACUGGCCUGGCUUUUAUUGUGUUCAUGGAAGCAGUCUUGGAGAUGCCUGGCUCACAGAUAUGGGCCAUACUUUUCUUUGUUAUGCUCUUCUGUUUGGGUCUCUCCUCCAUGUUUGGCAACAUUGAGGGCAUCCUCACAUCCAUCAAUGAUCUCAAACUUGUUCCCAAGUGGAUCCCCAAUGGACUUCUGACAGGAAUUGUCUGUUUGAUAGCCUUCUUGUUGGCCCUGACCUUCACCCAGGGUUCAGGAAACUACUGGCUGGGGGUCUUUAACAGCUAUGUGGGCUCUGUACCUUUCCUCAUUAUUGCAUUCUUUGAGAUUGUUGGAGUCAUUUACAUCCAUGGAAUGAAAACUUUCAGUGAAGACCUCUAUUUCAUGACUGGAAGGAGACCCAAUAUCUACUGGAAGGCGUGUUGGAUGGUGAUUAGUCCACUAAUGCUCCUGGUGGUGUUGGUUGCUUAUGUGGCCAUGCAGGCACAGCAAUACCCCAUUUAUGCAGCAUGGCACCCAGACUAUGAACAAUUCCCUCAAACUGAGGUGAAGCACUAUCCAAAGUGGGUGUUGGCCAUAAUCGUACUCCUCUGUGUUCUGCCUGUGAUUUCCAUCCCUCUGGUGGCUCUCUACAGACUGAUCUGCUCGAAAAUCAGAACGUCACCAACUCCAGCUGAACCAAAUCCCUAA